AUGUUCAGACGAAAGCCAGGAGUUCAUCUGAUGAGGAAGACGUUGGAAACUGACAACAAUAAGGAGGCGGAGAAAAGAGGGGAAGGCAGACUGGGGGAAUAUAAGAGGAAUAAUGUUGAUUUUUACCACCGUAUUAUAUUUGUGAUAAUGCUUCUUCCGGGUGAGUGGGUCGCGCGGGAUGUGAUACCAGGCGCCAGCAUGCUCCAGGUUUAG